AGAGAGAGAGACAUUGGGGAGGAGGUGAAGAAGAGGAGGAGAGGAGGAGGGGUGGCGACAGGAGAGAGGAACAGACAUGGCUUCUAAAGAGAUCCCUGCCUCUGGUUUCCUAAGUGUGAGCAAGGAUAUCACAGAAAGCAUCAGGAAGAUUAUCGAUAAAUCGUCAAUCAAGUUUAUUCAUGGAAUUAAGCUUGACACCAAAAAUGGCAAAACAGAGGACAGAAUACUGGUUCUUGCAACAUGGCGUCUCUAUUUCCUGGCGCCAAAGGUUCCCACUAAGGUAGAAACCACGUUCAACUUCUUGGAGAUUCGAGCUUUGAAUUCCCACCCUGACCACCAGGUUGUUAUCGACACUGACAAGUCCAGCUACUCCCUGAGGUUUGAGUCCCGCGAAAACCUCAAUCAUGUGGUCAGCCAUAUUAAUUUGGCUCUGUCUCGAAUAUUCAACAACUCCAUUUUUGCCCCGUCCAUCUGUCAUUCAGACAGUGACCUUUCUGAGGGCAGUAGGAAGUAUUCACCCAGCUCAGAGACGUCAGUGGAAACCCAGAGGGCCUGUGGAGGCUUCUCGGAGACAUACGCCGCUCUGUGCGACUAUAAUGGCAUCAGCUGCAAGGAGGAAGUGCAGUGGGAUGUGGACACCAUCUAUCACUCCCAGGACAGCCGAGAGUUUAACCUGCUGGACUUCAGCCACCUGGAGAGCAGGGAUUUGGCGGUGAUUGUUGCAUCAAUGGCAUACAACACAUGGUUCACUAAACUGUACUGCAAAGACCUGCGGAUAGGGUCAGAGGUCACCGAGCAGGUCCUGCACACUGUCAGCAAAUCUUCCAGCCUGGAGGAGAUCACGCUGGAGAACGCUGGGUUAAAAUCAGACUUCCCACAGAAGAUGUCGGCUGCUCUUUCAGAGAACCCUGCUUCUGUCAUCCACUCGCUCAACUUGGCCCACAACUCACUGGACAACCAAGGUGUGUCCAACCUAAUUCAGCAGGUGUGUCGCCUCAGCAAGGGACUUCGUCUCCUCAACCUCUCCAAGACCUCGCUCACCUCCAAAGGAGUGGUGUCUCUCUCUCAGGCUCUGUGCUCAAGCGAUGAGUACUCCAACUCUCUCCUCCACCUGGACCUGAGCAAGAACCCCGGGGUCCUCUCAGGGGAGGAUGCCUCGAAUUUGUAUCUCUUCUUGUCUCAGCCCAACUGCCUGGUCCAUUUGGAUCUGUCGGGCACAGACUGCUCCGUGGACUCACUAUUUGGGGCUCUUCUGAGGGGGUGUUGCGCUGAUCUUUCCUUUCUGAAUCUUUCCAAAAAUUCUCUCUCGCACAGGAAAGUGAAGGACACGCUGCCGCUGUUCCGUCAGUUCUUCAGCUCGGCCUUCAGCCUCACUUAUGUCAGCCUGGCCUCUAUGAAGCUGCCCCCCGAUGUUCUGAGGGCUCUGCUAACAGGGUUAACCUCCAAUCCUCAUAUCAAUGAUCUACAUCUGGAUAUCAGUGGCUGUGAGCUAAGGUCUGCAGGAGCUGCUGUAUUCCAGGAACUCUUCCCCAGAGUCUCCGCUAUCGGCACUCUGGAUAUAUCAGACAACGGUCUGGAUGCAGACCUGCUCACAGUACUGCCGGCCCUCUCCAGACACCCCUCCCUCAAACACCUUUAUCUGGGCAAGAACUUCAACAUCAAAAACAGGGUUCUGGAUGAAGUCCUGCAGAAGCUGGUUCAUCUCAUACAGGAGGAGGAAUGUGCCCUGCAGUCUCUGUCCUUGGCCGACUCGCGCCUGCGCUCUCGGGGCACCGUGCUGGUCAACGCCCUGGGCAGCAACACCUGCCUGAGAAAAGUGGACCUGAGCGGGAACAACAUGGACGACAUCGGAGCUAAGAUGCUGAGCAAAGCCCUGCAGAUCAACACUACGCUCAGGAGCGUGACAUGGGAUCGCAACAGCACCUCCGCGGCAGGAUUUCUAGAUGUGGCCCGAGCACUUGAACAUAAUUUCACAUUGCAGUACAUGCCUCUACCGCUCAGUGACAUCAGCCAGGCCUACCGCAGCGCCCCUGAGAGGACAGAGCAGGCAUUGACCAAGAUCCAGCGCUCUCUGGUGAGGAACAACCAGACACAGCGCUUCUCUCAGAGGCAGGCUCUGCGGCUGCACCAAGGACUGGUCACCAGCACUGCUGAGCAGGUGAUGGAGCGCCUCUGCGUGCGCGUCCAGCAGCAGGUGUGUGUGCUGCGAGGCGUCGGAGAGAUGGAGGAGAUUCAAGCUGCUAAACAAGUCUUAAAAGAGGCCAGGAACUCCCGCGCUCUGUACCCUUCCCUGUGCGAGCUGGCUCAUGUGCUGUCUGUGGACGGGCCAGUGCGACAGAGACUGGACUCUCUGGCUGGCGAACUCGCCAAAGCUGCGGACAAGGAGCUUCAGGUGAUCGUGGACUCUAUGGUGUCUCUCUGUCGCGAGCUCUGCCCUUUGUCGUCUUCUGCGGCGGAGAGGUUGAGUCCUCCACUCUCAUCCGUCUCCGAGCGCGUGUCCAUCCCUCGCUCGGCCAUUCGGGCCGCUCUGAUGGAAAGAGCAGCGCAGGACAUCCACCGAGCCUUGGAAGAAGUGAAGCUGUCGGUGGUUUCCUAUCUCACCAACUCCAUCGUGGACCAGAUCCUGCAGGAGCUCUACGCCACCCAUAAGACCCUGACUCGGCAGGUGUCUCAUGUGAAGCACUGGGAGGGGACAUGUAAAGACGGGACGGGCUGGAGGUUCAACAGACAUAGAGACUCUCUGGACAUCACAGACGAGGAGCUCAGCACCAGCAUAGACACAAUAGCCAUUAAGAAGCGCAGCUCGAGAACAAGACGAAUACGACCUGUCUCCACCAGGCUGAGUCUGUGUGACGACUCCAGCUCCUCUCCACCCCCCUCCGUGCCAUCGUAUUCCUCGCCGCUAUCCCGCUCGGCAUCCUGGGAGGGUCUGUCAGAGCUGCCUACGCAGGGUCUGCCUCUCCAUCAUGUGACGCGGGUUCGGCCGAGGCCUCCGCGGAGGCACAAAGGAGGGCACAUCCCUGCUGAGACUCAUUGCAGUGAAAAUGGAGGAAUAAGCCCUCUUGAUGAUGGACUCCCAGAUUUCUAUACUAAAAGAGUGCUCCCUGACAGUCAGCUCUCGUCUCUGCACAAAGCUCACUCACUGAGGAGGAAGAAGAGGAGAAAUAUGCUGGCCAUCUUCGGUUUCCGUAAGAACCGCAACCAAACUUUGUCCAGUCAGGGGCCGGAGUCUGAAGCAGAGGUUUAUGGAGACGGGUGUCACGUUGUUGCUACAGCACCCACAGGGGCAGCCACAGAGAAUGUAUACACGCUCCUUCAGCCGCCGAGAGCCGCUGCCAGAGCUGGAUCCCCGGGCGAAGGGGCUGAUGAGAGAAUGAACUAUCACCAGGGUAAAAAUACUCUCGUUUUGAGUCCGCCACCAGUGCCGGGCAUCCCUCACCCGGGCGUGGGAGGAAGCAAACACCCCUUUUAUUCUCCCAGAGAGAUAUCUGAAGUGGACUCUGUGUUUGAACAUCCGAUGGAGACAGACAGGUACUGCGUGGACGACAAACACAGGACAACAGACGCGCUGCAUGCAGACAAGCCGAGGAUAGAAGCGUGGCAGGGUGACCAUCACGUAGAGAAACAGCGGUUCGAUAGCAAGCUGCAAGAAAGAUCGCUUGGAGAGGCAAGGACAGCCGACAGACAAACAGACAAGUACUGGACUGAGAGUAGACACCCGGACAGACACAUGGACAGACAGUGGACUGUUGACAGACACACCCAGCGGCAGAUUGACAGAAAAAUAGAGAGACAGUGGAUGGGCGGCAGACAGAUAGACAGGUCGUGGUCGGAGAACAGGCCGACGGACGUACAGGUGGACAACCAGUGGACUGAGAACAGACAUGGAAGCAGGAAGACAGAGAGACAAGUGCAUGCGCUUCAUUUGGCUCAAAGGCCGCUGCCUCCAUACCCGUCGGACAGGACGCCUUCGCCGAAGCAGGAAACGGAUCCUCUGAAAAGCGCAGAGGCGGCUGCUACAGACUGGCAUCAGCAGGAUGCGCAGGGAGACAGACAGAUGUGUCCCGACACUGGCGGAGGCUUCACGGAGGGAUGGAGGGGCGGCGGAGGAGGAGGAGGAGGUCGAGCCCCUCCCUGCGCUAAACCCGAUCCCCCGCCGCAGAGCAGCAAACCCAACCUGUCCAAACUGAGGCAGAGACAUCGGCUCGAGAGCUCAGACGCUCUACGAGGUACAGAGGAGGAAGCAGAUGUAGACAAGUAUCCUGGAAAGAUGGAAAAGAAAGAGAGAGAAAAAAGAAGAGACUCGGAGGGUCAACCGCCUCCGAUUCCAGAAAAGCCAAAGACGUCCUCGUAUGUGACUUUUCCAAAAGAAUCAGCCAAUGAGAGGAACUUACCUCCUCCUCCUGUGCCGCCUCCUGUUAACAAGCCUGUGCAUGGAUUACCAGACAGAGCUGCAAGUCAAGGUGAAGAAGGAUUGAGACCUCAGGCACCAGUGAAACCACAGAGACACAGAAAGGCCAUGUCUUGCGACGCAGGCACUGACAGGGAAAGCCCUAAUAACGUUGAGAAGCCCCCAAAUCGCAAACCCCCCGUGAAAAAACCUAGACUACCCCAAAACAGAAAUAAGUCACUGGACUUGUCUGACAGCCUCAACUCAGCCUCUGGUCACAGCGAGCUGUUGUGAUGACUGGGAAAUCCACCCGCCGCUGCCCUACCGAAGCGAUGUCAUGACAACUGUGGAGCAUUUAACCCAACGAGGAAACAAAGAAAACCCUUUUACAAGAACGGGAGAGCCAGAGAGAAAUUGUCUGACAGACAUCAUAAAGCAUCAGUCACCUGCUUCUGUCGAAACACUCUUUAUAAAGUCACGUCCCUCCCUCUUCACCCUGACUGUGUUUCUGUCUUUGCUUUCCUCUCACAUGAAAACUCUUUUUGUGGCUACAGUAUUUUAACAGUAUUUGCUACUUUAGAACGCCCAAGGAUCAUUGUCUUUUGUGUCGGUGGACGCUGAGUCGCGUGUUGGAGCAUUGUGACUUUGCUAGACAGAAAAAA